AUGGACUCGAGCCAGCUUCACGACAGGCAGGUGUCCCCCGAAGCUGUCGAUCGUACUUCGUCGUCGCCCACUCAUCAAAUCAUGGACGGCGCAAGUGUGCAUCCGUCUAGUGUGCUAUCCAGCUUCUCGUAUUACGCGGGGGAAGACUCUCGAAUACCGAAACAUCACGCAUACUAUUUCGAGGAAGGGAUGGUUCGACUGUUGGUCGGCGAUGUGUUGUUUAAUGUACCGCGGCACAUUCUUACCUUCCAUUCAUCAUGGUUUUGUGAGAGGCUCCUACAGCCGAAGAGAACGCUGCCGCCCGGUUGGACCAAGUGCACGACGUCUCGUGGGGACGUCUUCGUCAACCAUCAGCUCGGACUCGUGGAUGCAAACUUCCCAGGCUUGUUGCCUUCGAACGAUCUCAAAGAGGAUACGUUCUGUAUAUACGGCGCGUCGGCUCGGGAGUUCGAGGCCCUCUUGGCCGUCCUCAUGCCCAUUGAUUACAGCUCCCGCAAUCUCACAAAGGAGCAAUGGAUCGCAGUUCUUAAGCUCUCGACGAUCUGGCGGUUCAGAUCUGUCCGCAACCUCUCUAUCCAGCACCUCAAGCACGCCCUCGGGGACGCGCCACUAGAGCGACUUCUUGCUGCACGCGCGUACGACGUACACCGCUGGGUGGAUGGUGCAAUCCAGGACCUCGUCUCCCGCGACGAACCGUUGACCACGAACGAGGCCGCACAACUGUCGGUGACAGACGUUGUUCGCAUCCAUCAACUGCGCGAAACGCGGGUCUUGAAGGACUUGGGCAAUGAUCCGCUCUUCGCGAAGGUUAUGGAGAAUAGGAAGCGUCGCGAGCUAACGAACUCGAAGCCGGUCUUGGACAGCGCUCAGCAAGCUCUAUCGCUGAAAGUCGGAAUCCUCGCAGUCCUUCUCUUCAUAACGAUGAUGGAACUGGGCUUUCUAGUCGUAGCCUUGUACAUAUACAUGUUCGGCCAUAAGUGA